AUGGCGCCUCUCAAACUGCUCACAGUCGUCAGUUCCUCGCUCUUCUUCCUGGCCAAAGCGAACGGCGAGCCCGCAGCCCAAAAGACAACUUAUACAGUAGACUUGGGAAGCGAAGGAAAGUGCCUCGCCGAGGUCAAUUCUGCUCGCGUGGCAGCUGGUUUCAGCGAACUCGCACAAGCAGCGAAACCAACAAGCAGGCUGCCUAAAGGAGCCGGAGCGGCAGCUUCCGGCGACGCAGACGGCGCGGGACAAAGCAACGAAAAAAAAGCCUCGGCUUUGAUUUGCAUGACUGCGCCGGAUGUACUUGCCGACGGAGCGAAUGCCCCUUUCACCGACGAGCAGUGGAAACAGAUCGUGACCGCUCUCGAAGGCUCUGCCUCGGCUGUUGCACCCGGUGUGGUCGGUUUUGCAUUGGCGAUCGUUGGCCUCAGCAUGCUGUGA